UUAGAGGGCGCCCGCGUCGCCAUUUCCUCGAUACUACACGCGAUUUCCCGAACUACAGUGCAAUAAUUCAAAACAAUUCGAAUUUCAAAAUUUGUGUUCGCUUAAAGUUUUUUAUUGUCUGUUAAAGUUAUAGUUUUAAUUUGACGUGUUAUUUUUUUUUUAAUUGUAGUUGUUUCGUUUGUGGAUAGUGUGUAUUUUGGAGGUGGACAUCCGCAGUUAGCCAACUUACGUGUUCUUCGUCCCAAGUCCUGAAUUUAAUUGUCAACUUUGGUAAACCUGUCAGACGCUAUCACCAAAUCCACUCAUCUGAAAGAUAAAAUUCGUCUCAGGAUUGAUUUAAUCAUCAUUAGAAGAGACAAUCAAGUCGGGCCGCCACCCUGAAUUGAUGGCGCGGUGACACAGCAUGAGCGGGCCGCUCGCCGCGUUACUGCGGCUGCUUCUUAUAGCAGGCGGCAUCAACUUCGGAAACCCAUACGCCGGCGACGAACACGUGGACCUCAACCAAGUAUGGGUGGACAUCCCGGCCACUCUCGUAGCUUUGGGUGGAGACGUCCGCAUUCACGUCCAUGGCGUCACCAGUGGGAACCUUCGCGUCAGACUCGCUCGAGAAGACGACGAUGGACGCGCACAACUAGCCACCAUGCCAUUAGCUCUGGACACAGAAAACAGAAUGACCCUACCUUGUGGCUACUUCUCCCGAGGAGGCACUUACUACCUAGAACUAGUCUCUGAUAAAGAAUUCUUCGAAGAUUACGACAGUAAUAAUAUAACAGACUUUAGAGUUAAAAGAGAUGAGGGUAGUAUAAUAGAAACGGGUGAUAGCGUAGUGAAAUCAUGGAAGUUUGAUGUCCUCUGGCCGUCUGCUAAAUUGGAUGUGACUCCAGAACAAAUACAGACGUAUCCUGAGAGGCAGGUGACGGCUAUUCUGGAGUUCCCGAGGGUAGUGUGUACACCGGUGGAGUCGAGUGCGGACUUUUGGUUAGAACUGCUGUAUUGUGGCCAUUCAAGUGGCGGUGCUGUUUUGUGUGACGGAAAAAAUACGAGUUCCCACGCUCACGUCUUGUAUUCUGAACAGAUGCACGGUUUUCCCGGGCGGAGGACGAUGACCCUUCGCUGUGAGCUGUUUGGUCAAGCUGGGGACUACGCUUUGACCCUCAGGCCAGCAGCGGCGGCAGGGCCUCAGGACUUAGCCUCAGCUUUUAUUAAGGCGGAUUGGUCAGAACAAUUCGUGCUGAACGUCCACGGAGGCUCUGUCCUGCCCUGUGGGGACGGGGUGCGGGUACUGUUCCAGUACCCCGAGUGCGUCCUGGAAGGAGCCGACCGCGUCCGAGUGUUUGGUCGGGAUUCCGACCGGCUGCGGUAUGUCGCUGAGAGGAGGGUGCGAAGGGGUCAACACACAGCCUCGUUCGACUGUCGUCUCUUCAGUGAACGAUAUCCUGAAUACUGCUUCGUAUACGUGUCGCAAGCGGUAACCGGCGCUGUAGCUGAUGUCAGAAUGGACUGCUUACCCACUUUACCACUAGCUGAAGGGGGCGCCGGUGGUUGGGGUGAGUGGUCAGCGUGGUCAGCCUGCCCUGCCCCUGGACACUGUUCCACCAGGACUCGGAGUCGCCACAGGUUCUGUGACAACCCAGCUCCUGCUUAUGGUGGGAAGUAUUGUGAGGGUAACGCAGUAGAGCUGGCCGCGUGUGAAUGUGCCGAGAAGACCUGGGCUGGCGACUCCUCGGUGGUGGUAGCUGAAGUUGGCUCCAGGUGCAGGUGUGGGUGCGUGUUACACCUGGCUCCAGCGGCGAGGCUCUUAGCCGGCUCAGCGAGAGCCUGCCCUUCUAGAUCUUUCUGGCUGCUACAGGCCGAAGAAGGCUACGUGGUCAGACUGAGGAUGGAAGCGGUUCGGUUACCCUGCAUCGGUCAGGCUCUGAGGGCAAGGGACGGGGACUCCCUGGGGUCACCGCUCCUGGCUUCAUGGGAUGGGCCGGAUAGCUCUGCUGUGGCUGGAGACGAAGUCGCCACCACCACUGACACCGGCGUGGUGGAGAUAGCCGGCGGUCGCCACAUCCUAGUGGAACUCAGGUCGGGGGACACCAGCGAAAGGUGUGCUGGUGGGUUCUUGGCUCAUGCUACGCAAGUUGAACCAAUUCGCAACGCGUCAGCGGCUUGGGCGUCAGUCAGCGCUGGCACCUGGUGGAGGGGGGGCGGCGGGGCGCGGGGGGCCGCCGUAGCGUUAGCAGCAUCAGCGGCGUUGGCAGCUCUCUGUCUGGCAUUGCAUUCUGCACACCGUACUAGAGCUUACCAGAGAGCUGCUGAUAAGGAGAGCCUUACUGAUAGUGACGCCUGCUCAGCCUCGUUGGAGUUUGGUGUGACGGCAGCCGAGUCGCGUAGCACUCUCCUGUCAGACGUAGUGGGGGGAAGCGUUUCCUUACGAAGACUCCUACCUUCUGGGAAGACCAGGCAUACAAGAUUGAGAGACUCGGAUCGAGGGUCCGAGAAUGCUGGACAGAGGGAAGAGGAAGAAGACCCAGUCACCGACGUCGACGAGCAAGCGGACAACAUAAGCGUAACGAGCGUCGCAAGCGGAGCGAGCGAAGCGAGCGUGGCGAGCCAAGCGACCGUUACCCCGGAGACAGUUUCGUCGAGCAGUGCUCCUGUCAGGAGUAACAAUGUGGUCCCAUCUCCUCUGAGAAGAUCUAGGACCAUUUCAGCAACAAACGUCGUGCCUCAGGUCUCAUCACCACCUCAGCAAUCAGCCAGUGAGACGGUGACUGCAGAACUGAGUACGAGCGUCACCAGUGUGAGCGAGCAGGACACAUGUAGCGAGAAAGACAGGGACAGCAUGAGCAGAGCUUCGUCGUCUUCGGCUGCCACUCUAACUAAUGGUUGGUAUUCACCAGCACUGAGCGGAGUGUCCUCCGCCAGGAUCAGGGAUAACCCGAAGCACACCAAGGAGAGCUGCAAUCGCAGGUUAUUGAGGUCUGACCUCAGUCUGACUUCGCAUCCAGAGAUGGAGAUUGAUUACUACGAUUAUGAAGUCAAUAAUGCGGGUUCAGUUCCCGGCUCGUAUUUGGGGAUGGACCCGGCAUUUCUGGUCUGGAUCCCGCCUCUGGAAGAAGGCGAUAUCAUCAAGGAAAUAGAUGAAAAAGCUCCUGAAUAUGAGAAAGUAUUACCAAAAGAACUUCGACCAGACCCCGGCAGUAACACCGAAUCUCCUGAAGAAAGGCCCACGUCAAGCACAUUGAAGAGAAAUUCAGACAAUCGCUUCAAACGAUCAAAUGAAUCUAUCCGAUCGAACAGAAAAGUCGUAGACAGAACUAACAUUAUUCAUCCUCUCAACUUUAGUAUAAGUGAUUUGCAACACUCACCCAAAGCUGCUAAAAGAAACAAGAAACGAAGAGAUGAUAAUCCAAUACCUAUGAAAGAUCUAACACUUACCAGAUCACCAGUGAAAGUACAUAGAAGAGAUAACAGAAACGAUGCAGAUGGCGCAUCGACGCUUAAAAGAAUUAAUGAUACAGCGAGAGAAACAAACUCUGACACACUAAAAAGAACAGAUUUCUCUGAUAUAAGAUUUGCAGAUGAUAACUCUGAUUCGUCUAACGAAAUCAAGUUUGCUGAUGAUUCACCGGACAGUAACAGACUUGUUGAUAAAUUUGAUGUUAGGGCUUGAAAGCUGAUAUAAGUAUUUUUAACUAUAGACUCGUGAACUCUUAAAGUUCUUAAAAUUGGUAAUUUAAUUUUUACAUUUUGAAUAUUAUCCCCAUUAGAUGUACAUGUAAGGACCAAUGUGAUUAAAAUAUUACUUCAUAUCAUCAGAUUUUUAAGUUGGAUUUCAUUGAGAUUGUGCACUAGUAAAAUUAAUAUUAAAACCGAUCUGGUUUUUAUUUUUUUAAACAUCAUUUUGUUACCAUGGAGACUUAUUUUUAAAUAUAUCUAAAAUUCUUUUAAUGAACAUUAAUUUUGCUAACCUUUUUUUAAAUGUCUACUUUAAUCGUUCUUCAAUUAAUAAAUAAGCCAUUUUUUUAUGAUUUCCAUGCACAUCAUUAAUGAAAUCCAAACUAAUUGUAGCUCUUUAACGAGUAUGUAUAUUAACACAAAACAUUUCACCAAACAUAUAAGUAGCAACACAUGUUAAAUUAAUAAUUGUUUCCUGUGGUAGAUGAUGUAGUAUCAUUUCGCUGUUCAUGUAGUUUUUACAUUCUUCAGUCACGUCAAGCUUCGCAUUGUAUAAUAUCAUAGCAUCAUUAAGAUACUUUGAGCAUGCCGUGUCGUUAGUCGUUAAAAAUCUGUAGUUUUCAUUACCUUAAUAAGCCAGAAUUUCAGAAAGGAACUUCAGAAAGGAAAAAAAAAUAUUUUGAGCUGUAACAUUUAUUUAAAAAGAGAAAAUUUAUACUGAUGUGACAUAGCGAAAAUUAAAAAAAAAAGCAUAUAUACUUACUGUUAUUUUAUUUUUAUUUAGAUCGGGUUAGAAGAACAACUUGGAAUAAUGUUUCUUUUUUUUAUAUUUUAAAGCGGUGACUCUCAAAUUGUUAUCAAGAAAAGACUGACGAUUGGGCAGUGCAAUACUGAAUUAUUUCCACGUAAGUUACCAAUAGUUAGCAAUUCUAACGCAGUAUUUAUUAAUGUGGCAAUAAAUAAAUUAUUUAUGCAUAUUUUUAUUGAAAUGAAAAUCUGAAAAAUAUACCAAAGUUUUUCAAUUUGAAUACCAUAUAAUCUAGUCAAUAUGUGUGUCAAAAAAAUAAAAAUGAAGCUUAAAUUAAUAAAACUUUGGACAUUUUUGCUUUAUAAAUAAAAUAAUCUGAUUUAUUUAUAUUAUUACUUUAUUAACAAUUUAAGUCGUUGUUUUUCUGCGAUUGUAUUUAUUCAUUAGAUCGUAAGUGUAUAAUGUUGUUU